CUAUUUAUUUAUUUAUUACAAGAAAAGUGAAUCUUAAUUUUAAAAAAUGACUUCAACAUCAAUUCAAAUAUUUAACCAUCUUUAUGAAGAAUUAUUAGCUACUGGAAAAUUUAAUGAACAUAAAAUAUUUGAAUUUUUUUCUCUACUUGGUUCGUCAUUUAUCGAUGCAUUGGGUUUAUAUGAUCAAAACAAUGUAACAUUAUUAACCAGCCCAUCAGGACGAUCAUUCAUUCGUGUUGGAGAGAAAUCAAAUCGUCGUAGAUCAAAUAAAAUCCACUAUAAUUGUUUUGUGAAUGGAAAUUAUUGUAGUUGUUUUUCAUUUAUGUUUAAUUUCAUUCAAUUUGAAAAACAACUAUGGUGUAAACAUUUAUUGGUAGCUAAAUUGGCAAUGGCCACCGGUCAAUUUAACACCCAAAUUAUUCAAGAAGAUGAUUAUGGAGAAAUUUAUCGACAAACCUUCAUGUAAUAUGACGAAUAAUAACUGUUUUUUUAAGUUUUUUCUCCUGACAUAUAAUUCAAUAUUACAAUCAUUUUCAA